ACUUUAUAUUCACCAACGGUCAACCGACGCAUCAUGUGUUAUACGAUGGACGUUGAAUGCCGUCAUCCCACGACCCCCCUCGAGCGUCGGUCACAAAUUUGAUUUCUGCAGUGAUCCAUGCAUCACCUCCCCGAGUGUCAAAAGAUUCAACCUAUCCGGCGUGCAUGGCCCUGAGCCGUUUGAGCCAUGGCAGAUCCAUUCGAAGUCCGCAUCCGGUUCACAUCGCUCCUCCAGCACCUGGACGCCUCCGUGACGUCCGCGCAGCGAGCUGCCAGCUAUGCGCUCAAGAACCGAGAUAUGGACGAGGACCUCCACUCGUGCAUCCUGGAGCAGCUGGAGCGCAAUAACAUGAAUGUCCGAGCGAAUAUCCUGUUCUUCGUCGAGCACCUGUGCGAUCUCGCGCAGCGUGAGAAUCACCUCGACUUUGUGCAGAUGAUACAAAAGGACAUUAUUCGAAUUAUCGACGCUGUCGCUCCUAGCGAUGGUAGCGGCGCCACCAACGUGAAAUUGGCAAGGAAG